AUAAACAAGACUAUCUUUGAUUACCAACCUCCACUCCGCUUCCUCCGUAACUUCCAGUUUCACCUCCUCCUUAGCCACCUCCCUCACGACCACCACCACCGUAUCCUUUUCCAGCACAACCUCCACCAGAUCUGUAACCUCUGCUAUGUCUCUCGUAACCACCAUCGCGUCCUCCAUUUCCGCCACCAUCUUCGUAUUCAUUACCGCCUCCACUGCGGUAUCCGCCACCAACUCCAUCACGGGCUCCUCCACCGUCUUGAGCAAAUGGGUGGCUCUGAGACCUCCACCUUCAAGACCUUAUGGACAUGGAACUUUGGUUUCUUUACAAACCACGAGACCUCCACCUCCAAGGCCUUAUGGACAUGGAACUUUGGUUUCUUUACAAACCAUGUUUGCAAAGACCUCCGCCUCCAAGACCUUAUGGAUAUA